AUGGCGGCCCGUUCUCUAUUUGCCAGCUUGCUCGGCGCCCUUCUCUUGGCUGCGCCUGGAGAUGCGGCUGUUGGGAUGAAAGUUUCCAGUGCUUCCAAGGCUGGUGUGCCGCUGUUUGAGAGUGAGACAGUGCAAUUAACAGACAAGUCGCUCUCCAAUCUCAAUUCUAAGCAGGCUGCUCUGUUUGGCUUCGGCAAAAAUGGCUCGCGCGCGUCUACCCCCCACAAGGGCGAGUGCAAGUUGCUACCAGGAGAUAAAUCGUGGCCCUCUGACGAUGUUUGGGGGCAAUUUGAUGAUCUUUUGGGUGAUGCUCUGAUCAAGACUGUACCCCUGGCUGCGGCCUGUUACCCCUCGUGGCCUGAAUAUGAUAGUGACAAGUGCGAGAAUGUCACUGCCGACUGGACGGUCUCGUACAUGCAUGCGGCUGAUCCUGCGUCUAUCAUGUGGCCCUUGUUUGAGGGUAGGUCCUGUUUACCUACUGGGAGUAACGUCUCAUCCUCCUGCACUAUUGGUGGAUACAGCAGCUAUGCUGUCAAUGUCAGCAAUGUGGCUCAGGUGCAGCUUGCGGUAAACUUCGCUCGUAAUGCGAAUUUGAGACUUGUGGUCAAGAACACUGGCCAUGACUUCAAUGGCAAGUCUACUGGCGCUGGUGGCCUUGGAGUGUGGACACACAAUCUGAAAGAUAUUGAAUACAUUGAGAACUACAAUGGCUCGAACUACCAGGGUCCUGCGGUCAAGAUGGGUGCCGGUGUCCAGGCCUUUGAGAUCUACGCAAAGGCUGAAGAGCUCGGCUUCACUGCUGUCGGCGGAGAGGGCAAGACUGUUGGCGUUGCCGGUGGAUAUGUCCUUGGUGGCGGUCACUCUCCCAUGUCCAGUACGUAUGGCCUGGCUGCGGAUCAGGUCCUGGCGCUUGAGGUUGUACUUGCAAAUGGUAGAUUCGUCACUGUGACUGAGGAGACUGACCCUGAUCUGUUCUGGGCUAUGCGUGGUGGCGGUGGUGGCACCUUCGGCGUUGUCACCUCAGUCAUCUCGCGUGUGCACCCAAAGGUCGGCGUCACAGUCUCAACUUUCAGCUUCGCCACCAGCUCCAAUGUUUCAGCCAACACAUUUUGGGCAGGAGUUGACUCAUACUUCCAAAGAUUCCCCGCGCACGCCGAUGCCGGUACCUACGCCUACUUCUGGGUCCUUAGCACGGGCACAAAUUCCUUCGAGUUCCUAAUGAACCCGUUCUUCGCCGUGAAUCACACCCUGGAUGAGUUCAACACCCUAGUCAAGCCGUGGUUCGACGAUCUAAAGGCCCUCGGUAUCCCCUUCACUCCCAACUCCACCUACUACGACUCCUUCUACCAGGGCUGGGACGCCGGCUUCCCUCUCGAGACCAUCGGAAGCGUGGCCAUGAUGACUGGAAGCCGCCUUUUCCCUCGCGAGAACUGGGAAGAUGCCACUAAGUUCAACGCCACUGUCGCCGCGAUCCGAUCUACCGUUAGCGCUGGCUACCCGCUCCUCGCGUUCAAUAUGAAGGCUGAGCUUCCGGCGGGUUACCCUGAUGAUUCUUCGAACCCGGCUUUCCGUCACACUCUGAUGCAUGCUAUUACCUCUGUCAGCUGGGAUGCCAAUGCCACCAAUUCGCAGAUUAACGCUACCAUGAAUACGCUCACCUACGAUGUAUUGGGUAAGUGGCGGGCUACCUGUCCGGAUUCUGGUGCCUAUAUGUCCGAGUCGGAUAUUUCGGAGCCCAAUUUCCAGCAGGCGUUUUACGGUACCAACUAUGACCGGUUGUACAAGUUGAAGCAGCGUUAUGAUCCGACUUUCUUGUUCUAUGCCCCUACCGGUGUGGGUAGUGAGCACUGGGAGGUGAAGAGUCUGGAUGGUCUUCCCGAUCAGAAUGGACGCCUUUGCCGUCUUUGA